AUGGAGGCGAAAGAGGAGGACGUGGGAGAGGAGGGGACCUGCCGCCCAGAAUGGCAGCACCAGAUGCACCACCAACCACCUCCUCCUGCCGCUGCUUCCGUUCCACCUUAUCUUCCUGCACAGGCGGCAUUGGCAACUGCACCAGUGAUGCUUGUCGCUGCUGCUGCUGCGGCGGCCUCAUCUCCUGCUGCAUUGCACGCUGUGGCUGUCCUUCUGGCAGCUGCAGCAUUCGAUGCUGUGCCUGAGCGGAUGCCUGCACCUGAGGUUGGUGAGGCUGCUCAGACUGCAGAGGUUGGUGAGGUUGGUGAGGCUGAAGAGGCUGAUGAGGCUGGUGAGGCUGAUGAGACUGCAGAGGUUGGUGAGGCUGGUGAGGCUGGUGAGGCUGGCGAGGCUGGCAAGGCUGAUGGACCACUGGCUGAUUUGACUGCAGAUGCAGUUGUGGUUGUGACCAAGUGGCGGCUGUUCUUUGCAGGGCUUCCAGACGCUGCAGCAGCUGUAACAGGAAAAAUGGCAGAGGCACGGGGAGCUGCGGAGGAAAGGGGAGCUGCGGAGGCACGAGGAGGAGCAGCCAUGACAAUGGCAGCAGCACUGGCACGCGUUGCUGGUAGCGAAGACAGGAGGGGAGGUGCUAAGGGGUCGAUGUGA